ACCGUGGUUUAAAAUAGCUGAAAAUGUGUCAUGGACGGACUUUGUGGCCCGAGAAAUGCGGGAAAUGUAAAAACACUAAAUCGCGUGGAAACACAACACAUUUUUUAAAAUGAUAUUCAGGAUACCUAUAAUUUUUUGAGAUCAGCUAGAAUAUUGCCCAAUCGGCAAGGUUAGGAGCACUCCAUAGCCUAAGUUAUCCCAGUGAUCCACAAAAACAUAUAAUUAAUGUGAUAAAAGAUCAAUUUCUCCACGCUGAAUGCAUAGAAACGUAACUAAACAGUGGGUACCGAAAUUUCGGCACUACCUCUUUAUUUCAUAAUAGUAACAAAAUGCGCAACCGCGCAAGCAAUCUAAACUCGAGCGACAUUUCUAGCGUUGACUCUUAGAUAUACUUAAAUCAACGCUUCUAGUCUUUCCACCCAAUCUUUCCACCCCGUCCGUGUACAACCCGAAUGGAUACUCCAAACUUGUCCCUAACCUCCACGUGUUGUACCCUAACCCUAAUCCGGCGGGACUGCAUGUUUUGGAAAAGCACUCGAAUCUAUCGUAAUUCAUGGAAUUAAUUAACAAUUCCACAUCACGUUGAAUAAAGAUAGCAGCCGAGUGCAAUUAAGUCAUUUGACUAUGAAGUCUUACUUUAUGUGUGUUGUUAUUUCCACACCAGUGCUUAUUAUGUAUUUACUUGGUACUGUCAAAUUUAUCUUCGACCACGAGGGGAACUCGUGCGAGAUGACCUACAUGUUUGAAUAUCCUGAAUAUGUGCACAUUCCACUACAAGAAGAAAUCCAACAACAGUAUCCAAGAUAUGGAUUAUACGCGUAUGGCGAAGGUUUCACCGUAUCGAGAAUACGAGCUAUGCACUUCUCUGGUAUUCCAGUAUUAUUUAUCCCUGGAAACGCUGGUUCACAUCAUCAAGUGAGAUCAUUGGCAUCGAUUAGUUUGAGGAAAAGUCUCAAGGAUGGGACUCCCUUUCAUUUUGACUAUUUCACCGUUGAUCUGCAAGGAGAAUACUCUGCGUUGUAUGGUGGUGUCUUGAAAGAACAAAUUGAAUUUGUGUCUCAUUGCAUACGGAAAAUUCUAAGAUUUUAUGGAGGCAAGAUAGACAGCGUAAUAAUUAUAGGACACUCGAUGGGUGGCAUUGUGGGCAAAGGAGUGCUGCUUGAUCCAAAUAUGAAUGUUAGCCACGUGAAUACAAUAAUUAUGUUAGCCACACCCCACGAGGCAGCAUUGAUUUUUGACACUUCUAUAGCAACGAUUUACCAAAAUUUACAAAACCCCGGAGCACUUACCAAUAAGUCAAAAGUGUUGACCAUUUCUGUUGGAGGAGGACCUCGUGAUGUAUUGGUUAAUAGCAAUCAAAUUGUAGAUCGGACAGCUGAUCUCAACGUCCUCACAACGCAUGUUCCUGGUGUUUGGAAAUCUACUGAUCAUGUAUCCAUACUUUGGUGCAAGGAAUUCCUUCUUGCCAUAAUUCGUGCUUUAUUCGACUGUGUUGACUUGGUUGGAAGAUAUCCCAGAAUCACUUCAAACAAACAACACAAAUUAGACGUCUUCAAUUAUCACCUCUUACAGCGUUGUUGCGGUAAAAAGAUGGGUCAGUAUCAGACCAAAGUACAAUUUCGACUUGGUGGCGAAUGGAUCGAGGAUAUUCGUCGACAGUACACAUGGAAAGCUGCAGACCGAAUCGGAGCUACCAAUACAUCGCAGCUUUACCUAAUGAUCAGGUUGAUUGGUAUACAAGAUCACUUGACCAUUCAGACAACUAGAUUGGAAGCCAGAGAUUGGCUAUUUAUCUGCUCUGCAUCUGCAAUACAGGGUCAUUCUAGAGUAUGUGAAUGGGGCUGGAAUUUGACGAACAAAAGUAGAAUAACCCCGGAUGGCACUUAUAAGAAGAAAACGGCAGACUUGGAUCUGGCGGAGUUGAAGGCACAACACUUGACGCACGUUAUAAUCAGAAUACCAUCCUCUAGUUUUCAUAAAGGGCUAUCCAUUGACGUAGACCUUCAUCGAAAGAGUGAUAGAAUAUCAAGUUUCCAAAAUAAACAUAUUUUGGCGUAUUGGGGUUUCGGAAAACUAGGCACAAUAGAAUCAAACAUUGGAGAUAUUCGAUACGAAGUGGAUCUGGACAGUAAUACGAAUUCCGUAUUGCUUGAAGUAAUCAACGUUCAGUGCCAUCAACAGAAUCAUCGCCAUCACGCAACAGUUGAGCUUUUCGAGCCAUGGUCUAAUGGUAUCAGUCAAGUUCGGCACUUUGCUUUUGAAAAUCUGGUGCCAAAAACUGUAAUAGUACAAACAAAAAAUGCGGCGAAUAGAGGCAAGGGUGUUGGCAAUAUGGCUCUCAAGCUCAAAUUUACAUUAGAUCCAAAAUGUAAAUACACCAUUGAAGUGUUUAGUGGUGGGUUUAUAGAAACCCUGAGCACCGCAGUGAGAGAUCGUUGGCCAAAUGUUUAUGGGGUCAUGUCUGGACUCCUACUACUUGCUUUAGCAAAACAAGUAGAUCAUGAAAUCGGAUUGAUCAAAUCUACCAUCACCACUGUAAUCACGUUAGCUUUGUGCAUUGGUAUUGGCAUUGGCCCAGAAGGAUUUGUGUCCUUGGCUCUUCUACAGAUAUUUGCAGUUGUCAUUUGCUGCGCUGUUAUAAUAUUUGGUUCAACGGUGUACAACAUGGCCCAAAGGUUUUUAACACGCGCUCUGAAGUUUUCGCCGAUAUGGUCAGAAUGGUUGAUAGGAGGUUUAAUUCAACUGCCUCUGAUUGCUCCUACAAUAUUAUUGUCUAUGAUACCUGUCACAUGCGGAGCUUUAUCCAUGUUCAUAUUUAUCGGACUACAAUUCCUCAAACUCACAAGAUUAUACGAGGAUUAUCUAGAAGAACUGUUAUUAACCUCUCUGCGGUCUAAUUUCAUCGAUAGAUUUCGAGUUAAUAGAGAAAAGCCAAGUAUCGAGGAGCAGAUUCAAAGUGACAGUCGUACGGAUGGAAAACAGAUUGUAUUUCAGUUGAUACUAUUCCUAACGUGGUGCAUCGCUGCCAUUCCUGCUAUACCUUCAGUCCUCACAUGGGCCAAGAAUUACAGAUUCAGUGUCAAAUUGAGCACAGAAGACCCUCUCCUGAUGGCUUGCUGGAUAAUAUUAGUUACUUGUGGUUCGACAGGCAUCAAAUGGAUUCCUCCCAGCACAUCUGAUUAUCAUUCACAAGCAAUUGCGAUUGUAAUCCGAAUACUAGGAUGGACAGCGCUGGCAGUCACUGGAAUUGGCUAUCCCUCUCAGUACCAGUAUUUAAUGCCCCCGCUCAUUGCAGUAGCCGUUGCUCUUAUUACUAUCCGUUCUUUUAUUAAGAUUUCUAGCUGGGCGUAAUGACAAAUUUUAAAUAUUAUCUGACGUGGCAUCGAUCACGUAACUUCAAUUUGGCCAAAAUAGUUGCAAAAAUGAAACACUGGCAUGAUCAUGUUCAAGUUUCAUUUGAUGAAAUGAGGAAGUUCUCAAGUUCUCCGAAGCCAAAGUCGAGUCAUAUUGUGUACAUGUCAAUUACCGGAACUGACGUCUUUAUUUGAGUAAACAACGCAAUCAAUUCUGAUUUACCCAAUAAGCUAAAAGUAAAAAGAAAUUGGAAAUGACACAAAAAUUUGAAUCCUGCUGCAUUCAUUUUUUGAUCCCUUAAAUUGAAAUAUUCGAAAUUUGGCUCGCAAAUUAGAAUGGCUCAUUAUUCGAUUCAAAAAAAAAAAAAAAACGUUCUCAUUGGUUGAACCUGAUUUUUGCACAAAAAAACCAGAAGUGCCAGAACUUUUGGAUUA